CCUUCAUUUAACAGUGUAAAGCUCGUCGAGCUAGUAUGAAACACAUUUCCGCACUGCUACUACCGUUUUAAUGUGUUGUUAUGGCAACCAGUAGACAUCCUGUGUGUUGUGGGCUGAAGCAAACACACACAUCGGCUGCCAGGAGUUAGUAAACGCUGCCUACUUAACCUUUUUUUUCACCUGCAAAUUGUCCAUCUGUUGUCGUAUCAUGGCCCAUUACAAAGCCUCAGAAUCGAAGCGAGAACAGUUCAGAAGAUAUCUGGAGAAAUCUGGAGUCCUUGACACCAUAACAAGUGUUUUAGUGGCACUUUAUGAAGAGACUGACAAACCCAACAAUGCACUGGAUUUCAUUAAGCUUCACCUCGGCGCGACUGGUCCAGAGCCAGUAGACGCUGAGGCCCUUCGCAUGGAGCUGGCUGAUCUACAACAGAAAUUCAACCUGCUCAUGGAAGAGAACAAAGAGCUGAAAAACAAGCUGAUGCAAUAUGAACCAUCACCUGAAAAUGGAGCAGCAGAGUGAAAGGUGGAGUUAACUGUGGCUUUCUUGGUUGG